CAUCAACUACCAAUGCCAGUCCAGUCUCUACGUGCUCAACUGUUGUCAAUAUUUCCACAUCAGCAGUAGCCAGCAUCUCACAGGAAUAUCCUACGUACACAAUCCUUGGCCAGAGUCAGUACCAGACGUGUUACCCAAGUUCUGGCUUUGGAGUCAUCACACCAGCAGACAGCAACACAGAGGGUACUGCGUUAGCAACAACUGCAUAUCCCACCGAGAAACCAAAUGCCAUGGUGCCUACGCGGACGGUGCAGAGACAUUCCUCUGGAGAUGCAUCCACAAGUCCUUCAUUAUCAAGAGCAACAGCAAGUAAAGAGUUAGACGAGCAGGCAAGAAAAAACAUUCCAGGGAAGAACAGGGGGAAGAGGAAAGCAGAUACCUCUUCCUCACAGGACAGUGAACUGGAGCGAGUGUUUCUCUGGGACCUGGAUGAGACCAUCAUAAUCUUCCAUUCACUUCUCACAGGGUCUUAUGCUCAAAAAUACGGCAAGGAUCCAACUCUAGUGAUUGGCUCAGGUCUGUCAAUGGAGGAGAUGAUUUUUGAAGUAGCUGAUACUCACUUGUUCUUCAAUGACUUGGAGGAGUGUGACCAGGUACACAUAGAAGAUGUGGCAUCUGAUGACAAUGGCCAAGAUUUAAGCAACUACAAUUUUUCCACGGAUGGCUUCAGUGGCUCAGGCAGUAACGCGAAUCACAGCUCAUCAGUUGGUGUCCAGGGUGGAGUGGACUGGAUGAGAAAACUGGCCUUCCGCUACCGCAGGGUACGAGAGAUCUACGACAAAUACAAAACUAAUGUUGGAGGUCUUCUCAGCCCGCAGAAGAGGGAAGCGCUGCAGCGACUAAGGACUGAUAUAGAAGUGCUAACAGAUUCCUGGCUGGAAACUGCAUUAAAGUCCCUGCUCCUCAUACAGUCCAGAAAAAACUGUGUGAACAUCCUGAUCACAACCACCCAACUGGUGCCAGCUCUAGCCAAAGUUCUCCUGUAUGGAUUGGGCGAGGUGUUUCCCAUCGAAAAUAUUUAUAGUGCUACAAAAAUAGGUAAGGAGAGCUGUUUUGAGAGGAUCGUGUCACGAUUUGGAAAGAAAGUCACCUACGUGGUAAUUGGAGAUGGGCGUGAUGAAGAGGUUGCAGCUAAGCAGCACAACAUGCCUUUCUGGAGGAUCACAAAUCACGCAGACCUCGUGUCUCUUCACCAAGCCCUCGAGUUAGACUUCCUGUAGGGAGCUGGAGCAAAGGUGUGACUGCAGCUCCUGCGAGCCCUCUCCAUCACUGGGGAGGCAGAAAUCUCAUACAUUUGGGGACUCACUUUUCAGCUUGAUGAAGAAAACAUACCUAAUGCAAACUGUACAGUAGAACAUGACUCCAGGUCGUUUCCUCAGGAGCACAGGCCCUGCCAAGUACAAAGGUGUCCUAUAAAGAAGCACUAGACUCAGCAGAGCUAGAGCUUGUCUAAAGAAAAGACUUACAGAAGCCAGCUGAAUUCCUCUAGCAGGUAGUCUCCAGACGGAGGGGCUGAUUCAACAGCAGAAGUAUUUGUAAGAGCCUUCUCCUUUCUAUUCAGCUUAGUUGUAGAACCCAAGUAAACACAAAACCUUAUUUUUAUAGAAAAAAAUACUGAUGGCAGAGCUCAGCCUCCCUUGUUUCACAAAGCCGAAAAGAGC